AUGCCGCGUCGCCCAGGCCCUCGGGAGGACCUGGAGAGAUUUGGAUUAGAAACAAUCCGUCUGGUAAUCGUGCCUCCGUGGUGGAAGCAACCGGAGACCACACCGAGACGAAGCUAUCCAUCAACCCGCAGUGGCGGAAUUUGGGCGUCGGCGGUCAUUCCACACCAAUCCCGUAAUCGCCCGCUGGGGCAAGACACGCACAUGGUUUAUGCAGGAGAACUCACGGGAAUUGAUCUGGCCCUCUCUCUGCGUACCGUCGACUCCUCCGUGAGCUUGGAUGAAGACAUGGCAGGAGAGAUGCAGGUGGACCAGAUUACGUUGGCAUCCUACCUAGGAACAUUUAGUGCCGUGGACGCGAGCGCAUGCCCACAUGACUCCUCGGCCAAUUUAGGAGCAUUUGACGAUGUUUUCGCCAAGUACCGUAACGCCCGCAGUCAGUAUACCGUGGCCCCCACCCUACCAGUCGUCCUAGACGUCGGUCACGUAGCAGAUAGCGAUCUCAGCGGCAUUCUGAAGCAAUCACUCGGUGCCACCCUUACGAUGGCGGACAUUCGCACCAUCGUUAAGUGUGCCAUCAGUUGGUCGGCUUCUACCUUCGAUAUGGUUGAACAGCCACCCCGUAUCAGAGGAGGCCUUCAACUACUUCCACCGGCGCAUAUCAGAGAACGCCUCAAGACGGAGCACAGCAGACAAGGAACAAGCAGCGCAGGUGGAAACGGCGAUAUGUUGCCAGCUUCAUGGGCUGCCGCUGAGGACGCGCUGACUGGUGUGACCAAGGCACUGAUCAUCAAAAUUGCAGCCAUGAUGAUGUUGGAACGGGAUGAGGUGCGUGCCGAUGCUCCCAUCGCGUCAUUCAGGUUGGAUUCUCUUGUGUCGGUUGAAUUGCGCAACCGAGUUCUCAGGGAGACCAGCGCUCAGUUGGCUCUUGGCAUCACGUACGCUGAGAGUCUCCGAGCCCUUGCAACGCGCAUUCUUUUGCAGAGAGAGUUAGGCCAAAAGGCGUGA